CAGUUUCCAGGGGUUUCUUCCAAACAGCAGAGAGACAACAGGGACAAACAGACGUAUUCAGCUAUUGUCACAGAUAUAUAAUGUUUUUGCCCACGGAGCCGAGGCUGCGCACUCUUUGGAUUUAACUUCACACGUCACGUGGGCGAGUAGGACAGAUUAUUGCAGCUGACCCCCUGGAGGUGCCUGACGAAGCCGCCAUGUCAGUGACUGUUCAUGAGAAUCGUAAAUCCCGCACCAGCACAGGCUCCAUGAACAUCUCACUGUUCCACAAGCCUUCACAUCCUGACAGUGUCCUGACUCACCUGAACACCAUGAGAAAACAGUGCAUGUUCACUGAUGUCACUCUGUGGGCAGGGGAUCGCUCCUUCCCAUGCCACAGGGCGGUCUUGGCAGCAUGCAGCCGUUAUUUUGAGGCCAUGUUCAGUGGUGGGCUACGAGAAAGUCUUGACAGUGAUGUGAACUUCAGAGACAGUAUACAUCCUGAGGUCCUGGAGCUUUUGCUGGACUUUGCCUAUUCUUCUCGAGUCAUCAUAAAUGAGGAGAACGCUGAGUCGCUGUUGGAGGCAGGCGACAUGUUGCAGUUUCAUGACAUUCGGGACGCAGCUGCAGAGUUUUUAGAGAAAAAUCUGCACUCCUCCAACUGCCUGGGGAUGAUGCUGCUAUCAGAUGCCCAUCAGUGUAAAAGGCUGUACGAGCUGUCAUGGAGGAUGUGUCUGUUGCACUAUGAGACGGUCAGAGAGUCAGAGGAUUUCUACAGUCUGUCUAAAGACAAACUGCUGGAGCUGAUUUUGAGUGAUGAGCUGGAGAUAGAAGAUGAACAGGUUGUGUUUAACUCUGUGAUGCGGUGGGUCCGAUUCGAUUUGGAGCGUCGGCGUCAUCAUCUACCUGAACUGCUGAGGGGCAUCCGGCUGGCUCUGCUGCCCUCUGAAUGUCUGCUGGAGGCUGUAGCCUGUGAAGAGUUGGUUAUGGCUGACAAGAGGAGCAGGUCAAUAGUAGAAGAGGCCAUGCAGUGUAAGAAGAAAAUCCUCCAGAAUGAUGGAGUAGUGACAAGUCCCUGUGCUCGGCCUCGUAAGGCAGGACACACACUGCUUAUUCUGGGAGGCCAGACCUUCAUGUGUGACAAGAUAUACCAGGUUGACCAUAAAGCUAAGGAGAUUAUACCCAAGGCAGACCUCCCAAGCCCCAGGAAGGAGUUCAGUGCAUGUGCCAUUGGCUGCAAGGUUUACGUGACAGGAGGUAGAGGAUCAGAGAACGGUGUGUCUAAAGACGUCUGGAUCUAUGACACAGUCCAUGAAGAAUGGUCUAAAGGAGCACCCAUGCUGAUAGCCAGGUUUGGCCAUGGCUCAGCUGAGCUGGAGAACAGUCUGUAUGUGGUUGGAGGUCAUACAGCCAUCGCUGGAGUUUUUCCUGCCUCUCCAUCCGUCUCCCUGAAACAGGUCGAGCGCUACGACCCUCUUAGCAAUAAAUGGACCAUGAUGGCUCCUCUGCGAGAUGGAGUCAGUAAUGCAGCUGUGGUCAGCGCUAAACUCAAACUCUUUGUUUUUGGUGGGACCACCAUACACAGAGACAAGGCCUCCAAGGUCCAGUGCUAUGACCCUGUGGGUAACCGCUGGAAUAUUGCAGCUGAAUGCCCCCAGGCGUGGCGCUACACGGCAGCCGCUGUCUUAGGAAGCCAGAUCUUCAUCAUGGGUGGCGACACUGAAUUCACUGCUGCCUCUGCUUAUCGCUUUGACUGUGAAACCAAUCUGUGGACUAGAGUGGGCGACAUGACGUCCAAACGGAUGAGCUGCCACGCUGUGGCCUCUGGAAAUAAGCUGUAUGUGGUGGGAGGAUAUUUUGGGACGCAACGGUGUAAAACACUGGACUGCUACGAUCCCACAUCAGAUAGUUGGAACUCCAUCACCACUGUGCCUUAUUCACUGAUCCCCACUGCCUUUGUCAGCACCUGGAAACACCUGCCGGCCUAACGGGGAGACACCAGGAGCCAGUAACUCCAGGAGGUGACGUCGGCAGGAGGAGAAUCUGAGACUUAAGUCUGCAGUCAGCAACUGUACACAGGACCAAUCAUUACAAGAACAUGCUGCACCUCACUGACUUUGAAUCAGUCCUGAGCGGUGGAGCUAACGACAGCUCACCACCCACGUCUUAACACACAGGACUUCUUUGAAUACCAUGCUUCCUAAAUAAUGUGAAUCUACUCAAGCAUUUUGAUGAACCUGACUGACUGAUGGACUGAUGGAACACUCACAGAAACGAAUGUGUGUGUUUUUUGAGGCCAUGUUUCUUUUAUGUCUCAUUAGUCCUGAAAUACUUUACUAAACCAUUCCAGUGCAAAGACAUAAGCAGAGCACAUUGAUUCAACAUAAUGGUAAGCAGGUCACAGAGGUUUCACCACAGGCUGUAAUCACUCAUCAACAGACUGUUAACUGUGUUCACUGGUCAAUGAACCACAACCAGAGACUGUGACAACCAUGUUAAACAUUUCACAAACAUAAACUCAAACACUUAUCUGAUAUAAGCAGCUGAUGAAAUGAAUGAUGAGCUGAAAGCUGUAACACCAGUGAAAUCUAAAAACACUGGACAGUUCUUCAUUACAAAUUCAGUUGUUACGAGACUGGUUGGUUCCUCUGAGCUCAAUGUCAAAGUAAUUGUUGGAUCCUCACUGUGUCAUACUCAAACCAUGGUGUCAACACAGUAUUUUAACUUCAUCUUGUCCUUUUGGUGAUGAGGCUUGAUGCAGUUCAGGAGCACAAUGACAGAUGUCUGCUGGAGCCUCAGUACAAACAUUUGAUGUGACAGUGUUUAUUUACUUUUUGCUUCUGCCUUUCAUGAGUGACAAAGUGUUGAGACCGUUGCCAAGCUCUAAAUGUAAGUUACAUGAUAUGAAAGCAAAUGAGAGAUUUAGGAACACGAUCUGUGGGUUUGACAUGAAUGCACGAGACAGUUCUGACUCGGACACUCCUUUGUGUUUCAGUGUUGGAGGAAGGAGCAGCAAACACAAACUGAGAACUAAUAAACUAAAACAGUGAACAGGAAGAUCAGGGUUGUGGCAGGAGGCCAAAAGGUCACAAAGUCUUACUUCAGACAAUGUGCAUUUUGUCAGGUUUUUAUAGGACAUGUAUGAGAAGCACAGAACAGCCGUGUGGACAGUGUCCUGCAGAAACCGCCAUGCUGCUGAAUCCUCUUUGUUUCUUCUGUAACAUCUGAGCACUUGAUGUUUUUCAGUGCAUUCAUUAGCAGUGUUUUCCGAUUCCCCAUGAUGACAAAGUCACUAAUGAAAAAGUCAAAACUGAGAUAUCAGAACAAAGUGGCACCGAGUGGAUGAAGAAGGUUUGUGCAGGACACAGAUGCAUCAUGGCUGGUACUUUUUAUUGUCUCUGUGAUAAUGCACAUAAUUUGCUGGUGUUUUAAGUAAUUUUGCACUUGUCCCUUGUUCAGCUGUUCAUAGCUGCUGUGAGGUGUAGUGUAGAAAUCAAGUUGAUUGUGAAAUACUCUUCAGCUGUUUUAUAAAAAAGAAGUGAGGAGGAAGGUGUUUUUGAAAUUAUUUGGAAAAUCUACAGGAAUUUCUUUGAGGAACAUGUUGGAUACUGUCAGUUUGUAUUGGUGAAUAUAAACAGUGACUUACUUUUUCAACUUU